AUGUGUAUAGAUGGUCUCAUAGAGAUAAUUGAUAAUUUGAAACAUCUGAAUGUUCUCUCAGUCAAUAUAGUAGUAGUAACAGAUGAUGUAUUACAAUUGUUAUUGAAAAGAGACAAUUUGAAACAUCUUGGUUUAAGAGUACGACGAGAAGAAAAAUAUUCGGAUGAAAUUAAUCCACAAUUAUGGAAACAAUUGGGAGAAAAACAUACAAAUUUACGUAUGAUAUUAAAUUUUGAUAUAACAACAUUUGAAUAG